UUUUACGUCAUCAAAAUUGUGUUUAGCCACUUGUUGAAUUCUUAAGUCUUUAUUAAUCUGCGUGUGUGUGCGUUACCAUGGAGAGUUGUCAAACAAAUUGUGGUAUGCUCUGAGCCUAGGUUUUUAGACUUUCCUACUUAAGCAAUAAUCUUUGAAAAAUACUUCAUUGCGCUAUAUUAAAUUAGAGGAAAAUGGUAAGGAGUUUUCCAACUCUAAAUAUAAAUUUUAUAAUUAAGCUCCACUAAAACCUAUUUUUGGUACAGGCACCAAAGAAAAAGGGGAAAGGGGGUAAAAAGAAGGGUGGAGGUUCCUCAGGUAUGGUGGACAGCGUCGGAACAGCGGAGAUGACCAAGGAGCAGCUCGAGGCUCAUGCUAACCGUCUGAGGUUAGAAAUGGAAAGGGAGCGUGAGGAGCGAAACUUCUUUCAGCUCGAAAGGGAUAAAAUUCAAAUAUUUUGGGACAUCACUCGUCAGCAGCUAGAGGAGAAACUUGCAGAAUCAAGGAACAAAGACAGGGAAAUUGAAGAGGCAGAGGAAGCACACCAAAAUGAGAUAAAGAUUCUGAAGCAGCACUUACAAAAUAUCACCUACGAACAGCAACUCAAACUGACAGAGCUCCAAGCAGAGAGUAUGGUUGCGCUGAAACUUGAACAAGACAAGUACAUUGAACGAGAAGAGCAACUCAUGCAGAAUAAAAGAGACCUGCAGCAUCUCCUCAAAGAACAUGAAAUUUCUGCCCAGGACAGAAUCCGAAAGUUAAAAUUGGCUCACUCUGAGGAACUAUCUAAGUUGAACGAAGAGCAUGAGAUGAAACUAAAUAUUUUUGAAGAGAAGGCUCAAAAGCGCUUGGAUGUAGUUCGGGCUGAACUGAGGCUUUGGUCCAGUAAAGAACUUGCCCAGCUGGAGCAGAGCAAGGACCAAGAGAUGGUCUCCAUUCGAUUAAAGCAAGAGCAAGCCUUGGACAAUAUGAAAGAGUAUUACAAGAAUGUGAUUGCCAGCAACAUGGCACUCAUAUCUAACUUGAAGAUGGAGCUUUCUGAUGCACACAAGAAAGAAAGUCGGCUGGAGCAACAGCUGAUAAAAGCUAAGGCUGAGGACUUAAGUGGACCUUUGAAAAGUGCCCAGCUGCAAUUGGAGGAAUUUUCGAAGCAGUUUGCAAAUUACGAGAAGGACAAGGAAUUACUCGAAAAAACCUGGCAAAGGCAUAAGUUACUCCAGCGCAAGUACAACGAUCUUCGAAGAGAGCACAAUGAUGUGGAAGUCCAUCGAGACCAUCUGGAGGCGGAAGUGAGGAAACUGAGGGAGCGCCUGGCGUUUUUGGAGUCUGAGAAGCACAAAGGCGUGGGACUUGUUAGUCUGGUUCAGGAGCACAAGCUGAAGACUAUUUCGUCCCAACUCGAGGUUCGAGAGGCGCAGCUUAACCAGAUUCUUUCCUCGUGCCAUGCAGAUCCUGCUGAAGCUAUGGCCAGUUGCAAAAAAUUGGAGGAUCUUUUGAAGAAGAAAGAAGCUGCUAUUUCCCGUCUGCAAUUUGAACUCGCCAAAGCCUGUAAGGCUCACAAUCAGAUGCUGUCCACAUUCGAAGGCCGCUUUCAAGAAUUUGGCUUGACGUGCAAAGAUCUCGACUUGUCUCCACUAAAACCAGGCCCUUUCUGCCCAGCAAUACGCUCAGGCCCAUCAACCUUAUCAGCAAACACCAAUCAAUAGCCUUGGGCCGCUCGUGAGCCCCAUUGAAUCACAGACAGCGCACGCCGG